AUGAAGCGCGACAAGAAGGAUGAGGAGACGAGCGCCGGCAAUCCGUUCGCUAAUCUUGACAAGACUACUGUCCUUCAGGAGGCUCGCGCAUUCAAUGAGACACCGAUAAAUGCGCGAAAAUGUAGUGUUAUACUGAGCAAGCUGCUCUACCUGCGUCAGCAGGGUGAAGUGAUCGGACGUAACGAAGCAACCGAGGCAUUUUUUGCGGUCACAAAAUUGUGGCAAAGCAAAGAUGCCAAUCUUCGCCGCCUGGUUUAUCUUGCAAUCAAGGAGCUCUGUGAUAUUUCCAAUGAUGUUAUCAUUGUCACAAGCAGCUUGACAAAAGAUAUGACGGGACGAGAAGAUGUCUAUCGGGCUCCAUCAAUCCGGGCUUUAUGCUGUGUAAUUGACGGAAGCAUCUUGACAAAAGAUAUGACGGGACGAGAAGAUGUCUACCGGGCUCCAUCAAUCCGGGCUUUGUGCUGUGUAAUUGACGGAAGCAUAAUCGGAGUGAAAAGGUGUAAAAAAGCCAUAGUUGAUAAAAAUGCAGCAGUAGCAUCGGCAGCACUGGUUUCUUCACUUCAUUUGCUCCGAAAAAAUCCCGAAGUGGUUCGUCGUUGGUCCAACGAAGUUCAGGAAGCUGUCUCGUCGGAUAGCAAUAUGGUGCAAUUCCAUGCACUUGGCCUGCUCUACCACAUUCGUAGUGGCGACCGUUUGGCGGUUAAUAAAUUGGUUCAGAAAUGGAGCAAAUCAUCACUGCGAUCGCCUUUCGCCACCUGCUAUCUCAUACGUCUAGCCGCCAAACUUAUCGAGGAGGAUGAAGCUGGGGCCGAAAGUCCGCUGUUCCAGUUCAUCGAGUCGUGUCUUCGUCACAAAUGUGAAAUGGUUAUCUACGAAGCUGCUUCUGCGAUUGUUCGUCUUCCGAAUAUCACAUCUUCGGAAUUGUCGCCAGCUAUAUCCGUACUACAGCUCUUCUGCUCCUCACCAAAACCAUCAUUACGUUUUGCGGCCGUUCGAACUCUCAACAAGGUGUCGAUGAAACAUCCACAGGCGAUAACAUCGUGCAACGUUGACUUGGAGCAACUGAUCACAGACCAGAAUCGCUCAAUAGCAACACUUGCGAUCACAACGCUGCUGAAAACUGGUGCCGAAUCAUCGGUGGAGCGACUGAUGAAGCAAAUAAGCACUUUUGUGAACGAGAUAAGCGAUGAAUUCAAGGUUGUGGUGAUUGAAGCAAUUCGUUCGCUGUGUGCGCGCUAUCCACGUAAACAUGCUACGCUGAUGUCUUUUCUGGCAACAAUGCUGCGCGAUGAUGGAGGAUUCGAAUACAAGAAAAGCAUUGUUGAUACGAUAAUUGCUAUUAUUGAUGAAAAUCCGGACGCAAAAGAAGCAGGCUUAUCGCAUCUCUGUGAAUUUAUCGAAGAUUGUGAGCAUUCCGUACUUGCGACACGCGUAUUACACUUGCUCGGACGCGAAGCACCGUGUACGGCAAAUCCAUCGCGCUAUAUUCGCUUUAUAUACAAUCGCGUAAUACUGGAAGCAACACAAGUUCGUGCAGCGGCAGUAACUGCACUGGCAAAGUUUGGUGCCCAGUGCCCCGAUCUUCGCCCA